AUGCGCUUUGCGGCGAGGCGCGUGGUCGUCGAUGACGCGCCACGUGGGUUGGUCGACAUGGAUGCGCCGUUUCCGGUGGCAACAGAGGCGGAGCAGCAGCAACAGCAGCCGGAUGAGAGGGAGGUGUCGCUGGCCGCGGUGUCCCCUGAACCGGCGUCGUCCGAGCAGCUGGCGUCGAGGUCGUCUGGGAGCCGGAGUUCAGCGAAGAUAUGUGCAAUUUGCCUCAGCGCCAUGAGGUCCGGCCGCGGCCAAGCUCUGUUCACUGCUGAAUGCUCCCACAAGUUCCAUUUCAGCUGCAUCUCCUCAAAUGUGCAGCACGGCAACAAAAUCUGCCCAAUCUGCCGUGCUGUAUGGAAGGAGCUGCCUUUUCAGGGGCCUCAGCUGGCUGCAUCUGCUGCCCAUGGGUCAGGGAGACUAAACCCAUCGAUUUGGCCCCAUAUGAGCAUGCUGUCGGUGAAUCCGCUGGAGGAUGAGCUCCCAGUCUUUGUCAUUCCGGAGCCAGCAGUUUUCAAUGACGAUGAGCAGAUAUAUCUUCAGCCUGAAACAGCAGUUGGGGGUGGGGAUUAUGAGAUUCCUCCUUUGCUUGAGAUCACGACAUACACUGCAUUCCCAGCAAUUCAGGAGUCCGUGGCACAGGAGCAGUUUGCCAUCUUGAUCCAUCUCAAGGCUCCGCAUGUGCCGGCGUGGGUGCGCACCCGAGCACCACUGGAUCUGGUGACUUUGCUCGACGUCAGCGGGAGCAUGUCUGGCCCCAAGCUUGCGCUCCUGAAGCGCGCCAUGAGGUUCGUGAUCGAAAACCUUGACCCCAGCGAUCGGCUCUCCGUCGUCGCCUUCUCCUCGACGGCCUGCAGGCUGUUCCCGCUCCGGAGGAUGACCGCCUUCGGACAGCAGCAGUCGCUGCAGGCUGUCGACUCCCUCGUCGCCGAUGGCGGCACCAACAUCGCCGAGGGACUGCGGAAAGCUGCCAGGGUGGUGGAGGACAGGCAAACCAGGAACCCGGUGUGCAGCAUCAUCCUGCUCUCUGACGGCGUGGACUCCCACAACCUCCCGCCGCGGGACGGCUCGGCGCCGGACUACGCGCCGCUCGUCCCGCGCUCCAUCCUUCCCGGGAGCGAGCACCACGUCCCGAUCCAUGCCUUUGGCUUCGGCAUGGACCACGACUCCAGGGCGAUGCACGCCGUCGCCCAGAUGUCCAGCGGCACCUUCUCAUUCAUAGAUAUGGUGGGGUCGAUCCAGGACGCCUUCGCGCAGUGCAUCGGCGGCCUCCUCAGCGUGGUGGCGCAGGAGACGCGGCUCAGCGUCGAGUGCGCCGACCAAGGCGUGCUGCUCACGUCCAUCAAGUCUGGCAGCUACGCCAGCGGAGUGGACGGCGACGGCCGCGGCGGCUUCGUCCACGUCGGCCGCCUCUACGCCGACGAGGAGAGGGACUUCCUCGUCACCGUGCGCGUGCCGCCGUCACGCGUGUCCACUGCGCUCAUCCGGCCGAUCUGCACCUACCGCGACGCGGUCACCGCGGAGAUGGUGCGGGUGGGAGGCGACCCGGUGAUGCUGCUGCGCCCAGAGUUCCCGGUGAGCGCGGGGAUGUCCCUGCAGGUGGAGCGCGAGUGGCACCGCGUCCACGCCACGGAGGACAUGGCCGCGGCGCAGGCCGCCGCGGAGGAGGGCCACUACACCCGCGCGGCUUCGAUCCUGGAGGCCCGCCGCCUGCUGCUGGAGUCGUGCGCGUUGCUGUCCUGGGACCAGCAAACGCAGGCGCUGGUGCCCGAGCUGCGGGAGAUGCAGGAGCGCGUGCUGAACCCGCAGCUGUACGAGGGGUCUGGCCGCGCCUACAUCCUGUCCGGGCUGAGCUCCCACUCGUGGCAGCGUGCCACUGCGCGCGGCGACUCGACGGAGCUCACGGGCCAAGUCCACAGGUACCAGACGCCUUCCAUGGUGGACAUGCUCAGCCGGUCGCAGGCGCUGCAGCCGGAGGUACCAGAGGCACUAAGCCGGUCCCCGUCGAUCUCAUCCUCGCGCAGCCCGGCCCCAACCCCCGCCCCCACCUCCGGCUCGCCGAGGCCGCGACGCGGGCUCCGGUCGUUCAGACUCCGGUCGUGA